AUGAUAGCAACCGGUGGAGUGAUAACUGGCCUGGCCGCCUUGAAAAGGCAAGACUCUGCCAGGUCGCAGCAUCAUGUCAGCCUCAGCCCAUCGCCUACUGCCCAAGUGAAGAAACCCGUCAGGCGGCGGCCUCAGGCCGAUGUCGUGGUGGUUCGAGGCAAAAUCCGGCUUUAUUCCCCAUCUGGUUUUUUCCUCAUUUUAGGAGUGCUUAUCUCCAUUGUAGGAAUUGCAAUGGCAGUCCUUGGAUACUGGCCCCAAAAAGAACAUUUCAUUGAUGCUGAGACAACACUGUCAACCAACGAGACUCAGGUCAUUCGGAACCAAGGUGGCGUGGUGGUCCGUUUCUUUGAGCAACAUCUGCAUUCUGAUAAAAUGAAAAUGCUUGGCCCUUUCACCAUGGGGAUUGGCAUUUUCAUUUUCAUCUGUGCUAAUGCCAUUCUUCAUGAGAACCGUGACAAAGAAACCAAGAUCAUACACAUGAGGGAUAUCUAUUCCACAGUCAUCGACAUCCACACGCUGAGGAUCAAGGAGCAAAAGCAUAUGAAUGGCAUCUACACUGGUUUGAUGGGAGACACAGAAGUAAAGCAGAAUGGGAGCUCCUGUGCCUCGAGACUGGCAGCAAAUACCAUUGCCUCUUUCUCGGGUUUCAGGAGCAGUUUUUGGAUGGACAGCUCUGUCGAGGAGGAUGAACUUGCGCUAAACGAAAAUAAGAGUUUGGGGCAUCUCAUGCCACCUUUGCUUUCGGACAGUUCCGUCUCUGUCUUUGGCCUCUAUCCACCUCCCUCCAAGACAACAGAUGAUAAGACCAGUGGCCCUAAGAAAUGUGAAACCAAAUCAAUUGUGUCAUCGUCCAUCAGUGCUUUUACAUUGCCUGUGAUCAAACUUAAUAACUGUGUUAUUGAUGAGCCCAGUAUAGAUAACAUCACUGAAGAUGCUGAGAACCUCAAAAGUAGGUCAAGGAAUUUGUCAAUGGACUCCCUCAUGGUCCCUUUGCCCAAUGCCGGUGAGUCCUUCCAGCCAGUCAGCAUGGUGUUCCCAAGGAAUAAUUCCAUUGGGGAGUCAUUGUCGAGCCAGUACAAGUCUUCCGUGGCCCUCGGACCUGGGGCUGGACAGCUCUUGUCUCCUGGGGCUGCUAGAAGACAGUUUGGGUCCAACACAUCUUUACAUUUGCUCUCGUCACAUUCAAAAUCCUUAGACUUGGACAGGGGUCCCUCCACCCUAACUGUUCAGGCAGAACAACGGAAACACCCAAGUUGGCCUCGGUUGGAUCGAAGCAACAGCAAAGGAUACAUGAAACUAGAGAAUAAAGAGGACCCCAUGGAGAGGCUGCUUGUGCCCCAAGCUGCAAUCAAAAAAGACUUUACCAAUAAGGAGAAGCUUCUCAUGAUUUCAAGAUCUCAUAACAAUUUGAGUUUUGAACAUGAUGAGUUUUUGAGUAACAACCUAAAGCGGGGAACUUCUGAAACGAGGUUUUAAUGUUCAAAAAUGUAUCAUUUUACAAGGCUAUAUAUUUUAAAACUAUUUUCACCAGUGUUUCCAUGUUAAAGUAUGGGUUAUAAGCCUUUUUAAUCAAAUACUCUGUAGUGGGUUAGACCUGGUUGCUUAAUUCUGUGGUGGAGACGGCUGUAUGUUUGGGUUACUUAUGAUUGCAAGACUUUCUAUGAUCACACAUGAUUUUAUAUUCUCCCUUCCUUUGAAAGCAGUAUCUCUUCUAUCAAUAUGAACACAGAACACUUCCAUCUCUACUAAAAUUCCCUUUCUUUACUUUCAAGUUCUUUCAUUGAUGGUCAUCUGCAAGAAUCAAGUGUCCAGUUAGGAAAAGGUAGGGUACCAAAGUGCGGACUCGAAGUACCAAAUUUAGGCCCAAGACUCAAUAUAAACUUAUAAAUGAGCAUGAGUACAAAUCU